ACGUUCUAUGAGAAUACCCAAGUUACGACAAUGAGUUGUGCAAAAUUCUAUUAUGACAAUCGACCUUACAUAUUAUUUGACUUUUGUUUAGAGGAUUUCGAACUAGUAGAAUCUCAAUUUUUAGAUGAAUAUACGUUCUAUGAGAAUACCCAAGUUACGACGAUAAGUUGUGCAAAAUUCUAUUAUGACAAUCGACCUUACAUAUUAUUUAACUUUUGUUUAGUGGAUCUCGAACUAGUAGAAUCUCAAUUUUCAG